AUGGCGGUGCAAGACGAUGGCGGCGGCUGCGGCGGCGGCGAACCACCCUCGGGGGCGCUCUGGGCGCGGAAUCGCUUCGCAUUCCACUGGGUUCAAAACUUACGGGGUCCGACGGAGAAGCAGCCAAGAAGAACUCGCGAGGAGGAGGCUACUGGAGAGAACGCGGGGUUGAUGGAUUUGCCCACCGAGAUAAUCUCCAACAUACUGUCGCGGCUGCCGGUGAAGACGCUCCUGCGGAUCAGGUCCGUUUCGAAGGGCUGGCGCUCCAUCAUCGACCACCGGUCGUUCGCUGAUUUAGUCUUGGCUCAGUCACUCCGUUGCUCCGACGUCACCUCGCUCAUAGCCAUCGUCGGCAACAUCGAGCCGACUCACUUCGGCUGCAGGUUCUUCAGCUUGGACCAUCAGACUGGAUUCGCGGUUCCCUUGGGCCAACUGGACCAGACCAUCAUCUCGACCGGGCAGGAGUGGCAAAGCGUUAACGGGUUGAUUUGCUACGACAUCGGGGACCUUACGUACCUGUGCAACAUCAGCACCAGAGAGGUCAGGGCCCUUCCGCCCGCGGGUCCCGAUUUCCCCGUCCAUUUGCACCGCGGCAUGCACAGCUUCAGCGCCUUGGGCUUCGAUCCUGUCACGAGACGGUACAAAGUCAUGAAGACGUGGGUUUCGAACAACCUCAACCAUGCGGGCGAAGUUAUCACGGCGAACAAGAUUCUGACGUUGGGAACGGAUUCGUGGAGGAAAAUCGAUAGCGGCCCUAUCGAUUUUCCCUGCGGAGGCAGCGUUUGCAUUAAUGGAAGCAUUCAUUUCCUCACGCUUGACUUGAUGAGCAACAAAAUAAUAGUGGCGUUCGAUGUCGAGACCGAGAAGUUUAGGACUUUAGCAUUGCCCGAUGGUGCCCCGAAUCAGGUGCAUAAGAUGAAGUUAAUAGCAUUUGGAGGCUGUCUGACGGUGUUGGACUAUGAGCAUCUUGAGGAUGAAAACACCAUUUCAAUGUAUGUACUAGAUGAUUACAAAAAUCGAGUUUGGAUGGAACGUCCAAUCGUGCUGCCCCGUAGUUGGAAAGAGGAUCCAAGUCGUUCCGAGCGGUUUCUCGUCGGUAGUGUCCGUGCCGGAGAUAUCUUGCUUGCUCCAAAGGUUACGGCUGGUGAAGUGUACUUCCUGUCUUAUGAUGUAGAGAAGGGGACUCUGAAGAAGGUUCAAGUCCAUGGUCUACCGCCGUCUCUAUUGAGGAGUCCUGUGAUUAUCGCCUGCGCACCCAUCGUAUAUGUGCAUAGCAUUUUGGCUUUGAGUGAGGUUUAG